UGGUGAUGCAUCUCUUUCCUUGCUCUUUUUAUAUGAAACAGAGACAAUUAUUUGCUACUCUUUAUGUUGAUUUUAAGGAUUAUCUUAGCCUUCCAUCUCUUGAAUCAGAGAGAUUCAUCUCCAGGCAGUUGCAAAUGUAUCUGGUUGAGAGCAAAGGAGGUGCAAUAGCUUGCAUGCUCCUAGCUCUAUCCUUCUUGGGCACAUGGCCCGCGUUGUUAACUCUCCUCGAGAGGCGAGGCCGUCUCCCUCAGCACACUUAUCUUGAUUACACAAUCACAAAUCUCUUGGCUGCAAUCAUCAUUGCCUUCACAUUUGGUGAAAUUGGCAACCAAAAGCCAAACUUCCUGGACCAACUAUCUCAGGAUAAUUGGCCUAGUGUGUUGUUUGCAAUGGCUGGUGGGAUUGUUCUGAGCCUUGGCAAUCUGGCAACGCAGUAUGCUUGGGCGUUCGUUGGUUUGUCAGUCACCGAGGUUAUAUCGUCCAGCAUAACCGUUGUCAUAGGAACGACGUUGAAUUAUUUCUUGGACGGAAAAAUCAACAAGGCCGAGAUUCUUUUCCCUGGCGUUGGAUGCUUUCUGAUUGCUGUCUGUUUUGGCUCUGCUGUUCAUUCUUCCAAUGAUGCUGAUAACAAAGCUAAGCUUGCUGCAGCUGUUGAAAAGAAUGCUCAUACUUCCAUAGAAAGAAACAAGGAUUUGGAGAAUGGAAGCAACAAAGCAAAGUAUGGCACUGCAGAUUUUCUCAUAAAUCUUGAGAACAAAAGGGCAAUCAAGGUUUUCGGGAAGGGAACAUUCAUAGGUUUGGGAAUAACUUUCUUCGCGGGGCUAUGCUUCUCCCUCUUCACUCCAGCCUUCAACCUCGCCACAAACGAUCAGUGGCAUACACUGAGAGACGGCGUCCCCCACCUGAGUGUCUACACUGCAUUCUUCUACUUCUCAUCAUCCUGCUUCGUCAUAGCCGUCAUCCUCAACAUCAGUUUCUUGUACCGCCCCAUCUUGAACUCGCCCAAGUCGUCCUUGAGAGCAUAUGUUGCUGACUGGGAUGGUAGAGGUUGGGCCCUUUUGGCCGGGCUUCUAUGCGGAUUUGGCAACGGCCUUCAGUUCAUGGGAGGCCAGGCUGCUGGUUAUGCUGCAGCAGAUGCUGUUCAGGCUUUGCCCCUGGUGAGUACAUUCUGGGGUAUGAUUCUGUUUGGAGAGUACAGAAGAUCUUCUAGAAGGACGUAUGUGCUUCUUGUUGGCAUGUUGUUGAUGUUCGUGGUUGCUGUCGCUGUCCUCAUGGCGUCGGCAGGUCACCGGAAGUAGUGACUAGCAUAUCAUCACUGAUGUAGGUGCUGCUUUUCUUUGUAACUAAAAAAGGAACAAAAAGGAAAUGUAAAUUUGAUUGAAAAAAGGAAAUUGUAAAGAAUAUGGUACUUUUAUUCUUAGAAAGGUGUGUUGUGUUACAUAAAUAAAAAUGCUGAGUUUUCUCUGA